CUUUCCAGUCCGACCACAGAAGAAGUGUCACGAAUCAGGAAAUGUUUUGGUGCUUCUCGAGUUGAGCCCAUGGUUUUUCCCUCAGACGGACUCCGGACCUGCUCCACGAGUCGCUCCUCUGACUGUGCUCCAGGAUCUAAGAUGGCGUCUCGCUCUGAGGACGACCUGACGUGUCCCACCUGCAUGAACAUCUUCAACAACCCGGUGCUCCUGUCCUGCGGCCACAGCUCCUGCUCCGACUGUCUGCAGCGGUGGUGGAGGGAGAAACGCGCUCAGAACUGCCCCGUGUGCCGAGCCAAGUGCACCACGGCCAACCCGCCGCGAAACCUGGCCCUCAAAAACCUCUGCGAGACCUUCCUCCAGGAGCAAGAGAAGAAGACCGACCCGCUGGAGCUGAGGGAGAAGCUGAGCGCGCUGAAGCUGAGGAUCGACUGUUUACGGGAAGUCAAAGAUGGAUACGAUAAGAUUCUGGAUCACGUGAAAGUUCAGGGUAAAACGGCGGAACGUCAGAUAAAGAAACAGUUUAAAAUGCUGCACAGGUUUCUGGAGGAAGACGAGGAGAUGAGGAUUGCGGAUCUGCGGGAGGAGGAAGAGCGGAAGAGCCAGAGGUUGAGGGAGCUGGUGGAGAGCGUGAGCCGCGAGAUGGCGUCGCUGUCCGAGAUCGUGCGGGCGACGGAAGACGCGCUCAACGAGGAAAACGCGUCCGGGGAAAAAUGCAAAACCGCCAUCGACAAAGCCAUGCAGCAGAGGAACGUUCCGGGCGAUUCCAGCGAGAAUCACCUCCUCGAUGUCGCAAAACACCUCGGGAAUUUGAGCUUCAAAAUCUGGCAGAAAAUGUUGAAAUGCGUGAGGUACUAUCCCGUGGUUCUGGAUCCGAACACGGCAGGGAAUUUGUUGACUUUAUCCGAAGAUUUGACGGCGUUUAAAGAAGGAGAGGACCAGAGACUUCCGGAAACACUCGAUCGUCUUUCGUUCUUGUCCGUUUUAGGAUCGGAAGGUUACAGCUGCGGGAAGCACUGCUGGGACGUGCAGGUCGGAGAAUCGAAAUGUUGGGGUGUGGGCGUGAUCGAGAAAAAACAACCGGAUCAGCGACUGGAAGAGGGAGAUUCCUGGAGGUUGGUCAACGGAUUUUUCGGAUUAAUGGCGCUCGGGCCGGAAUACGAGGGCUUGGCCAUCCCGAGUCCGAGCGGGCAGGAAGUGACGCGGAUCCGGUUGGAGCUGGACUUCGCCGGCGGAUCGUUGGCGCUGAUAAACCUGGAGUCGUACACGAUCAUCCACAAGUUCAGACACAGGUUCAAGGCGAAAGUUUAUCCGUAUUUUUACAACUGGGACCAGAACAACAUCAGGAUUCUGCCCAAGCACUUCCUGUUUAACUCCAGGACAAACGGAGUAGACAACUGCCCCCCGACCAUACGGCACUCAGUUCUUUAACACCUUUGUUUUACUACUGAUACUUUUGAUCUUUGUUAUAAUGAUGUCGUUUCCUCGUCACAAACAAACCUGGAGUUUUUGUUUUGUAUCAUUCACAUGUUUAACACAUGUGUCUUUGGCACUUUUCGAGUUCUUAAUAUAUAAAGGUUUAACUGGUUUAAACUUAUUUGUUUUAUUUCACUUUGGUUGUACCAAAACACGUUUAGAUGAAGAAACCAAAUUUAAAAGAAUAUUACAGGUUUAAAAUAUCAAAAUGUCAUUUGGUGAAACGAGUCACACACAGAAUCAGUGAAACUUUUAUUUGCACAAAUUAUAAAAAUGUAUAAAAUCAUAAACUUUCCUCUGUGACAUAAUUUUAAAAGUCUUGGCACGAAACAUAAAAAAAAUGAACACAAAAGAAUUAUGAUGCUUUUAAUGUCUUAAAUAAAGUUGUCGCCAAAAGUUGAUUUCAUCAACGUCAUUCAGUAAAACGAAGUUAAAGAGACAAUUUGAACAAUAAUCUGAGAUCAUUCCUCAUGUGUCACCUGAUGACAUCAUCUGAUGACAUCACUGUGUGGACCCUGCAGUAGUGACAUCACCUGAUGACAUCACUAUGUGGACCCUGCAGUAGUGACAUCACCUGAUGACAUCACUGUGUGGACCCUGCAGUGGUGACAUCACCUGAUGACAUCACUGUGUGGACCCUGCAGUAGUGACAUCACCUGAUGACAUCACUGUGUGGACCCUGCAGUAGUGACAUCACCUGAUGACAUCACUGUGUGGACCCUGCAGUGGUGACAUCACCUGAUGACAUCACUGUGUGGACCCUGCAGGACUUUGAAGUGGAAGAUUCAGAUUUGUCCUUUUAGUUUUUGUUGGCGACGCUUUUGUCACGAGAAAUACAAAUGUCACAGUUUUGGACGUGAUUUGGUUCAACAUGUGUUUAAAACUGUUUUCAUUUUAAAAUAUUCCAAUUAAAAUGAAGUGUUUGUUUGAGACUCGACACUGACGCUUUUGUUUUUCUGAUGGAUAAAAUAUAAAACAGUUUAGAAUAAAAAUGUUUGAAAAACAUGUCAUUUGGUGAAACAGACGAGUGACUGUUGAUGAAAACAUGAAGCAUUUAACUCAAUAAUAUCUGUAUUUCUUUUACAAAUGUAUUUGGAUUAUUUCACUAUGUUUGCUUCUAUAUUACAUUUUAUUUUAAAUGUAAAAUAAUCACAUAAAUAAAGGAAAUUAAGUUUGGUAGAUUAAUUAAUUCAAAAUACAGUUGGACAAUAAAUAUAUUAAAGGUCAUUAGACUGAUGUUGUUAGUCUGAUUUAGUUUUUCACAAAAUUUGUUUCAAAAGAAAAGACAUUUUUUUGAGUACAAAGUAAGUAAGUACAAAAAGGGCCACAUAUGAAAUUAUAAAAUAAACAGUUGGAUUUUUUGAGCUUUUGAAAACAACAAAACGUCACUGACCCAGUUAGGCUGAGUUCUUUUCUCAAACUCCACAAACCUUCACCAGAAUCACUCGCAUGAAUUCAGCUCUGGAAUGAACAAAACAAAAAGUGGAACGGAGCAUUUUUAUCUUCAGACAUGUUCACGGCCCGACAAUCCAGAACUACAAGAGUGAAUGAAACAAAACACACUCCAGGUCUGUUUGUGAGGAGAGAACUGUGUUAGGACACGAAUAAAAACAGACUCAACUUUACAUAAUACUGGACUUUUCUUCUGCACUCUUUGAAAACACUGCUGCUAUUGUGCUAUUGUGUCCUUGGGCAAGACACUUCAGCCGCCUCACAGUGUGUUUCUGACGCUGCGUUUGUCUACAGGAGAAAAAUGACAGAUAUGUGAGCGCCCCGGGGCUCAGGACGAUCCACACGAGCAGAGGGUGACCAAGAGCUGAUUCAUUUGAAACUUACACACAAGGAAACUGAAAGUGAAGCGCGACUCACAGGUUCCGUGUCAGAGGAAAGAGUCUGAGUUCAGUUUUGUUCUGAAUGUCGGACAAAAACAUCUGUGAACCGCACUCGUCACGACUCUGGGGACACUUUCAGCACCUUUAUUACACAAAACCGACGCUUUUACUGAGGAUUUAAAUCAUGUUCUGAUAUCAGGGUUCAUACUCUUUUACAAACUCUCUGUUCCACCUUGUGAUGUCAUGAAGUGGUCGUUUUAACAGCUCCUUUUUGCUUUAGUUCAGUAGAGAUCAGAAAAAUCUCAGGGGCUGAAAUGAUCCAAAUGAUUCUGGUGAAGGUGUGUGGAGUUUAAAAACACAGUGGAGCACGAGCUCAGUCUAAAUGUGACCGAAAACAUGAGGCUAAUAUUGGUCCUGAAUCUGUGUUUCAGUCAUUCAUUCAUUUUUCAAAAUAAAACCAAAAAUAAGAAAAUGAAAUGAAAUGAAUGCAAUGCCGGACUGACAAGGACUAAACCGGGACUAAACCAGGACUAAACCAGGACUAAACCAGGAUUAAGCUGGUCUCACUCCUGGUCUUAGUCCCAGUCCCAGUCCUAGUUGGUCCUGGUCUCAGGGCUGGUCUAUUUCUAGUCUCAAUCCCGGUCUCAGUUCUGGUCUCGGUCCUGGUCUGGUCCCAGUCUCAGUCCUGGUCUCUGUCUCAGUCUGGUCCUGGUCUAAGUUCCAGUCUCAGUCCCAGUCUCUGUGCCAGUCUGGUAUCGGUCUCAGUCCCGGUCUCAGUCUCCGUCUCAGUUCUGGUCUCAAUCCUGAUCUGGUCCCGGUCUCAGUCCUGGUCUCAGUCCCGGUCUCAAUCUCGGUCUGGUCCUGGUCUCAGUCCUGAUCACCCAACAGUCUAUGUGGGCGCACCUCUGGGCCCAACCCAACACUCAGUCCUGGUUCAGUCCUGGUUCAGUCCUGAUUCAGUCCUGGUUUAGUCCUGGUUUAAUCCUGGUUUAGUCCUGGUUUAGUCCUGGUUCUGUCCUGGUUUAGUUCUGGUUCAGUCCUGGUUCUGUCCUGGUUUAGUUCUGGUUCAGUCCUGGUUUAGUUCUGGCUCAGGCAUUGCAGUUUAAAUCACACAAACAGGAAACGAUCAUUAGCUGUUUUUUUCAUUUUGGUUUUGGAGACAAAUAAUGAAGAAAAUCGUUGUUUUUUCGUUUUCUUAUUUUUGGUUUUAUUUUGAAAAUCAAAUGAAUGAAUGACAUGUGGAUUGUCUUUAAAAUGCUGCUGUGUGUUUGAUGGAAACUGAACUGUGAUGUUAUAAUGUUUUAAUAUUUUAAUGUUAUUCUUCUUCUUUCAUGUGCACUUCUUGUUUUUUGCCAAACAGUGAUUUACAUUUAUCACACUCAAAGCUGCUGUUUUAGUCUUAAAUCAAAUAUUUAAACGAAGAGUCUCAGGUUUAAAUUUAUUUUUAUAACAAAAAUAAAACUUUUCCAAUA